CGGGUGACGAGCAGCAACGAUCGCUUUUGGAGAGCGCGCCAGGGUUUCCCGAUCCAAGUCGACCCAACCGUUCCCAACCGAUACGAUACGAUUCGAACCGAUUCGCUAGAGAACAAAAGGCCAGCGGAAGAUCGAAGGGUGCGCGCACGGAUCAGUGAGUGCGGUUCAAUCGGUCCCAACCAUCGAUCUCACGGGCGGUCCCCCAGAAAAACAAACCGAUGUAGUCGAAAACCAAAGCAUAGCAAAACCAUUGUAGUGUCAUUAAGUGUGUGCAGUUCCCGGCUCUUCAAUAAGGUGUGAUAAGUGCGUGAUAAUUUUCGAGGCAACCCAGCCGAGAGCGAUCGUUUUGGCCCGAAAAUGUGCUAAUCAGAUCUCAGUCUUGGUUCACGGCACCGCGGCCCCGACGCUGCCCCGCACAACUGGCGCCAAUUUGUAUACAAAUUUCAUGCCUUAAUUGAAACUCACAUUAUAGCCAAGUGCGAAAAGUUAACGACUAGGUAACCACCGUCAGUCCCCAGCAACGCCAAGCCAUCCAUCAGCCAGCGAAUCCAACCAGAGAAAGUUUCACGGCGGAGUCGGCAGAAAGCGAGCGGAGAGUGCGACAAUUGCAGCUCUGGAGUUCUUCAAUCAACUGUCAUCGGCCGAAAUGGACCCAGAGUCGCAGUGUCCGCAGUAUGGCGAGGUGAACCAGCUGGGCGGCGUCUUCGUCAACGGGCGUCCGCUGCCGAACGCGACUAGGAUGCGGAUCGUGGAGCUGGCCCGCCUGGGCAUCCGGCCCUGCGACAUCUCCCGCCAGCUGCGAGUGAGCCACGGGUGCGUGUCGAAGAUCCUGGCCAGGUACCACGAGACGGGCUCCAUCCUGCCGGGGGCCAUCGGGGGCUCCAAGCCGCGGGUGACCACGCCCAAGGUGGUCAACUACAUCCGGGAGCUGAAGCAGCGCGACCCGGGCAUCUUCGCCUGGGAGAUCCGCGACCGGCUGCUCAGCGAGGGCAUCUGCGACAAGACGAACGUGCCCAGCGUGAGCUCCAUCUCGAGGAUCCUGCGGAACAAGCUGGGCAGCCUGGGCCACCAGCAUGCUCCGGGUGCGGUGAUGGGCAGCGGGAGCAGCAGUGGCGGCGGUAGUGUGUCCAGCAACGGCGGUCAGAACAACGGAGGCAGUGCCUCGAACAACAUAAAUCUGGGUAACCUGGGCAACCCCGGAGGAGGAGCGCACCACCCGCACCAUCCGCACCACCACCACCAGACGGCGGCGGCGGCUGCGGCCAGUGCCCACCACGUCCACGCCCACGCCCAUGCCCACGCCCACCUGUACAACUCGAUCUACCAGCCGUACAGCGCGGCGGCCGCCUACAGCAUGAAGGCCGUGUCCUGCGGGAGUCCCUCUCCGCCGCAGGGAGCCGGUGGCCAGGGCUCCGGGCCGCAUCCCCACCAGCUGCGGAGCGUGGCCGCCGCCGCCGCCGCCCACUGGCCCUCUUCGCACUCGGUGAGCGACAUCCUGGCCCACCACCAGGCCGUUGCACUGAGGGCCAGCUGCCAGGUGGGCGUCGGAGUGGGCGGGAUGGGCAGCACGGUGUCCCCGCUCCCGAUGACCCCCUCCCCCGUGGCGGGAACUGCGGGCGGUCAGCCGCUGCUCGACUGCGAGGGCGGGGCGGGCCAGCAGUCGCCGUACAACUACUACAUGUACUUCCAGAACAGCGGAAUGCACCACCACCACCACCACGGCGGCAUGAUGGCCGCCGGAGCCACGGGAUUAUGAGUGGGCGGUGGGCAGUCCACUGACUGUUGGUUGCGGGUCUAGCUACUUUUGAUCGCGGUUGUUCAGUCUAGGUUACUAUCUUCUAAGCGCUAGUUAAGGAUGGUCAUAUCACGGCACUCACUUAUCACUCGAAUAAAGUAAUCAGUUCUUAAAUAAAAAGUAGCAAACGGAACUCAUUUCCCAGGAAUUGUUGUAUAAAUUAAAAGAUUGUAAACAUUUCGUUGUGACUAAGCAAAUGUAAAUAGAUAAAAUGCAGCGAAGAAUGUCUAGAAGAUUACUUAAAAAAGCUCAAGGUUUGUUUAGUUACAUUUCCCAUAUCAACCAGUCGUUUAAAGUUGCCAAGAAAAAUUUACUAUAUGUGAUUACUUAAGGUGAAAGCUUACAAAAUAAUUUUAAAAUGUUUCCAAGUAACUAGUGAGUGCCAAUGGAUAUGCCAUCAAAUGUGAGUUGUGGACUGUCGGGACUCAGACCUGGCAUUAUCCCCAUAUCAUUACGAAUUUCAUGUAAUCCUAGAGAUUUUCACUUGCGUUAUUUUUUUUGCGUUUCGAAUUGGUUUGUUUGUGCUUUCAGCAGUCAAGAUUAAGUUACGAAAUAAACCUUUAUUGUUAAAUGGAAAGUAUUGAGUGGUACGUUAAUCGAUUGUAUAGGUUCUUGUUCUCAUAACUACUAUUUGUACAAUAUGCUCACUAAGUAAACUAGUUGACUAAUUUAUGCUACGAUUACAUCAAUUACGAUUAAACCAAGUGUAACUAUCGAAUAAAUUGUAUUUUUAGACAA